AUGGCAAGCAUCAGCUUCACAGGUUACACCAGCGGAAUGGGCAAUAUUCUUUCGCAAUUAACAACCAAUGAACAGACUCGCUUAACCCCGAUAAAGGCACAACAAACGCUUUACGAAAACCGAGAUAAAGCCUUUGACACCCUUAAGAGUGCACUAGAAAAGCUGAACACUGCCGCAGAAGCAUUGACCAAAGCAAGCAGUAUCAAUAAAACCAGUGUCAGCAGCACCAAUACCGCUUUCACAGCAACAACGGAUAGCAAAGCAACUAACGGCAAUUACAGUGUAGAAGUGAAGACACUUGCUACCGCGCAAUCCUUGAUCUCGGGUGAAUUUGCCAGCAAUACAGCACAGCAGGGAUCAGCGACAGAAAACAAUACCCGGACCCUGACUAUCAGCCAGCCAGGUCAGGAUAAACCACUUGAAAUCAAACUGACCGAUGACCAGACAUCAUUAGUGGGCAUCCGUGAUGCAAUUAAUAAGGCUAAUGGCAAUGUUGGUGCGAGUAUCAUCAAAGUGGAUGACGAUACUUAUUAUUUGUCUAUCACGGCCAAAGACACUGGCACCGAUGCUAAGAUGACUAUCAGCGUCACCGGUGAUGACACGCUGAAUAGCAAAUUGAAUUAUACCUCCGAUACAGGUGCUGGCAGUGGUGCAAUGACGCAGCAGACUGCCGCGCAAAAUGCGUCAAUAAAGCUUAAUGGCAUGACGAUUGAGCGCCAAAGUAACACGAUUUCUGAUGCUAUUGAUGGCGUUACAUUAACAUUGAAAUCCCAAACAGCGACGAAUUCAUCAGAGACAUUAUCAAUCGCCAGUGAUAUUGCGCCGAUGAAGACAGCCGUUCAAAAUUACGUCGAUGCGUACAAUGCACUGCAGACUACAAUUGGUACUUUGACCAAAUACACAGAGGUAGAUCCUGGUUCUGAUGCACAAAGCACCAGUAACGGCGUAUUGCUUGGUAACAGCACUGUCCGUGGUAUCCAGACCUCACUGAAAACACAAAUCUCCUCCGCUCAGAGCGGUAUGGAUAUCAGUACGCUCAAUGAAAUGUGCGUUAAACAAAACCCCAAAACCGGCAUGCUUGAGAUUGAUAGCGAUAAGCUAACAACUGCACUGACAGAUAAUUCCAGUCAGGUGUGA